AUGGGAAACCCAAGAUUCAGAAGCAAGUUUCAGGGAAGAAUUCAUAAUGAAAAACCACACCAAGAUCUUUCUGAAUUCAAGUCUGGACAGAGCCCCUUAAAUGAGCAACGUUUAAGUAAGCAGGACACUUGCAAUGGUGUUUAUAAGGACCAAUCAGAGAAGAAUAGAAACCAAUUAGAGGGGAACCUGCAUCAAUUGGAAGGAGAUCAAGACAAAUCAGAAGGAUCUGAAAGUCAAGCUAUAGAAAACCAACACCACUUAGAGAGAUCUGGAGACCACUCAGAAAGAUCUCGAAGCCAAUCAGUGAGAUCUCUUAGUCCACCUGAAAGAUCUUGUGAUGAGUCAGAGAGUUCUUAUAGCAAAUCAGAGAGAUCUCGUGAAUGGAGGAGAUCCCGUGAAUGGAGGAGAUCCUGCGGCCAUUCAGAGAAAUCUCCUGACCACUCAGAGAGAUCUCAUAGCAAAUCAGAGGGGUCUCAUGCUGGAUCAGUGAGAUCUCAUGGCUACUCAGAAGGAUCUCAUGGCCAUUCAGAAAAAUCUCAUGGCCACUCAGGGAGCUCUCAUAACCACUCAGAGAGCUCUCAUAACCACCCAGAGAGCUCUCGUGGCCACUCAGAGAGAUCUCAUGGCCACUCAGAGAGCUCUCAUCUCAUAAUCACUCAGAGAGAUCUUAUAACCACUCAAAGAGCUCUCAUGGCUACUCACAGAGAUCUCGUGGCUACUCACAGAGAUCUCGUGGCUACUCAAAGAGAUCUCUUGGCCAACCAGAGAGAUCUCAUAACCACUCAAAGAGCUCUCGUAACCACUCAGAGAGAUUUCGGGAUGUUAGACAAAAGUGAGAAAGAAUGA